CCAUUAGAAGCUAUUCGAUUUAUUCCAGCUUUUGCAGGAAACAUUCAGCUUAAAGUAAAGUUCAGUAGCGACGCCUUACAAUGCACAUCUAUAUCUGUAAAUGAUAUCAUUGCUUUCAAUCCAACUCUUAAAGUUGCAUUUGCUUCAGAUUCAAAUCCACCGACAAAUAAAUUUGUUCCAUGGAAUGAACCAUUCACUAUGAUAACGAAGGCAGUAGAAGCUAGUGGAACAGUUACUAUUACAACUGUAAACCAGCAACUAUUUCGAACAAAGAUGGAUUUUAAUGAAUGUUUCAUUCAUCCAAAGUCAUUCUCUUUAGACCCUAACAUUUAUACAGAACUUGUAGAACAUUAUACAAACGAGGCUUUAUGUUUUCCUGUUAAAGUUAUGGAUUGGAUUCCUAUGGACGGUUCAUUCUCAAAGAAUACAGAUAGUUCAAGUGCAACAUUUACAGCAGCUUAUACGCCUAUUAAUGUUAAAAGUAUUUGGGCACUAUUUAGAAAGAAAGACAACUAUUAUGUUAAUUUUGAGAACCCUAAGUUUAAAUAUCUUCAGCUUUCCAUGGGAGCUUAUGGAAAUAUGCCUGCAGAACCUGAAAAAUCAUAUGGACCUGUAUUUUAUGAAAUGGUUGCGAACGCUUGCAAUACAAACAAUGAUAUGAUUGGAUUUAAUGAAGAUGUUAUGAGGUCAUUGGUGGAUGAUGGUAGUGUGGAACAUAAAUGGGAUAGCUAUGACAACACACAUUUCUUAUGUGGUUUUCCAACAGAAGUGGACUUUUGCUUCCAGCAAGGUCAAACAUCUACUGCUCCAAUAACAUACAAAUUGUCUGUUAAAGGACCUAUUGAACUAGCAACUGAAAACGUACCAAAGCCACUUAUUGGAUUUAUGAGGGAUUGUUGCUUUGCCAUUCAGGUGCGUGCUAAUGGCAUCCCCAUAAUAAGAUUAGAUGACUAUAACUUAGCUACGGACGACAGUGAGGAAUAA